AUGAUGAAGACGGGCCACGUCGAAAAGACCAACGACCGCGACUUCGAGACCGAGCUGCGGCGGUACCGAACGAUGGAGACAGCCGCCAACAAGCUCCAGAAAGAAGCCAAGGGCUAUCUAGACUCGCUGCGCGCCAUGACCGCGUCCCAGAUGCGCAUCGCGGAGACGAUUGACGCUUUCUACGGAGACGCCGGGGCCAGGGACGGCGUGUCGCGGAGCUACAAGCAGGCGGUGCAGGACCUGGAUGCCGAGACGAUCAAGGCGCUUGAUGGGCCGUACCGCACCACAAUCCUCGACCCCAUAUCCCGCUUCUGCGCCUACUUCCCCGACAUAAACGCCUGCAUCGAAAAACGGUCCCACAAGUCCCUCGACUACGACAACCUGCGCGCAAAAGUAAAGCGGCUCGUCGAGAAGCCCGACAAAGACGUCACCAAACUGCCCCGCGCGGAGCAAGAAGCCACCGCCGCGAAAGCCGCAUACGAUGCCCUGAACGAGCAGCUCAUCACCGAGAUCCCCCAGCUGAUUGAUCUGAGAGUGCCGUAUUUGGACCCGAGCUUCGAGGCGCUGGUCAAGAUCCAGCUGAGAUUUUGCGCCGAGGCGUAUAGCCGCAUGGCGCAGGUGCAGCAGUAUUUGGACAAGGACAUUAGGGAGCAGUAUGCGGAGGGCGCGUUGGAUAAUAGGGUCGAGGAGGUGUUGCAGGAGAUUAGGGAUUUGAGUAUUGCGGGGACGGUGUAG